UUUGGAUCAAAAACCUACAGACUGUCGCCGUUGGAUGUAGAAAGCUAGCACAGGCUGUCUUCACCUAUAGGCUACGGUUAUAAGCAGAGGGACACUGCCGAUUUCUGGAUUAUUCAUAAAUCAAAUGGUUUUCUCUCACAAUCCAAUGCGGAGAAAUGGGUAAACUUCACUCGAAACAUGCUGCUGUGUGUAAACCAAGGGAGAGCCCAGAAGGCGACAGCUUCGUAGUUAAUGCCUGUUUGGCCAGGAAAGGAAUUGAUGAUUGGAUCGUUAAACAGAGAUACUAUUGUACCGGGUCGCGCUUGGAGCAACAGGACUGCCAGCAGAAAACUACUUGCAGACUAUCAACACGGGACCCCUCUGAUGAAGCGUGCGCAGAAGGGAUCAGUGAUGAACACUACCGCUUAGAAGUGGCUCUGCCCCCGGAGAAGACGGACAGCUGCUGGGCUGAGGACAAGGUCCCGGAGAAGGAGAGCCAGGCCCCCGAGGCAGCCAAGAAGCAGCUCAAGUUUGAAGAGCUGGAGUGUGCUGUGUCCCUGGAGGAGGACAACAGGCAGGAAUGGACCUUCACUCUGUACGACUUCGACAACAACGGCAAGGUCACUAGAGAGGACAUCACCAGCCUGCUGCACACCAUCUACGAGGUGGUGGACGCGUCCGUGAACCACUCCCCCAGCACCAGUAAAACCCUGCGGGUCAAGCUGUCGGUGGCCCCCGACUCCACCCAAAAGUGGAAGAGCGCCCUGCACACCCCUGCAGAUGCCCCCCACUCCAGACAGAAGGCAGACAAGUGUACUGAAGACCCCAAAAUCUCAGACAAAAAGACCCGCGCCCCUCUCAGACGGCACCACAGUGACCAUCACACCCAGCAGAGCUGUCUGCGCCACUGUGUGGAUGAGAACCUGGAGCGCCGCAACCACUACCUGGACCUGGCAGGCAUCGAGAACUACACGUCCCGCUUCGGAACAGGUGCUGGUGCUGAGCCCGGGGCUGCAGGUCAGAGCAGGUCGCGCUCCCACGAGCCGGAGAACGGGCUCUCGUACGCCCACCACCGCCGCUCACAGGCCCCCGACCACCCGCUGCCCGAGCCCCCCUGCCCCCGCCUGCGCGCCCAGGACUCGGGCAAGCACGCGCUGCGCUCCCCCAAGACCCACGGCCGGACCCCCGCCCCGCAGGCCUCCGGCCGGGCCCUGAGGAGCCGGGGGCCGCCGCCCGCCCCCGCCGUGCUCAGCCCCAACCCCCCGCACCAGUCCUCCGCGCCCUACAAGCGCCACAAGCAGCGGGCCAAGGAGAGCCAGCAGGCCUACCGCGCCCUGGGGCCCAUGGGGGCCCCGGGGCCCGUGAUGGAGAAGGAGCAGGUGCGCGACCUUCCCAGCGUGAUGAUGUACGAGGGCGGCCUGGGCCAGGUGGUGCAGAGGCACGAGCACCACCACCACCACGAACACCACCACCACUACCACCACUUCUACCAGUCCUGAGCCGCCGACGCGUAUUCACAACUGUACAGAGAGCGCUGCAGGCCGGGGAGGAGCUGGGGCAGGAGCGGA